CCCGCUCGGCCUUUUUCGUCUCACGGCAGGAUUGGGGCCGCAGGUUUUCUCUCUCGGGAAGAUUGAACACCAAAAGCGGCUAAAAUGAUCAUCUACAAGUGUAUCAUCACCUACGAUGAGAUGUUCUCAGACGUCUACACCAUCAAGGAGACUCCAAUCUUCUACGAAGUGGAAGGAAAGCACAUCGUCAGGUCACACGACAUUGAUGAGACUUUACUCGGCGCCAAUGCUUCGCUCGAGGACCAGGGGGAAACCACAGAAGCAUCUGUAGAGUCUGGCGUAAACAUUGUCCUCUUCCACAAGCUGCAGCAGACGACCUUCGACAAGAAGAGCUACCUCGUCUACAUCAAGGAAUACGUCAAGGCCUUAAAGGCAAAGCUGCAGGAAACCAACCCUGACCGAGUGGAGCAGUUUGUGGCCGAUGCCGCUGUGGAAAUCAAAAAGCUCCUCCCGGGUUUCAAGAAUUUUCAGUUUUACACAGGUGAGUCCAUGAACGUUGAUGGCAUGGUUGGAAUUCUGGACUACCGUGAGGACAAUGUCACACCUUUCAUACGCUUCUUUAAAGACGGCCUGGUCAGUGAGAAAUGUUAACUACACGGACUAACCUCUUUGUCAACUGGCGGCUGCUGCUUCUUCCUAAAUGCCCCAAGAGCAGAGUGCAUCAUGUGCUAUAUUCACAUCAUGGCCCACCGGACAAUGGUUUUUAAUCUUUGUUUUUCCUAGCCAUCAUCAGUGUUUGACUUUUUUUUCCCCUCAGUAAAACUGAAGGAAUAUGCUCAAGACUCCCAGAUUUGGACUUUCUGGAUUUUUUUUUUUUUUUUAGCAAAGACAACUCUGCUUUCCUUCAUGUUCUGGGUUUGUGGUUGCAUUCCAAAUUCCAUCUGCCGUUUGCUUUAAGUUGAAAAUAAAGCUGAGUACCAUCUCCA